AUGGAGAGGAGGCUCGUGAAGCAGGAGGUAAAAAGACUGCUGGGAGAAUAUAUUGGAAUCAGACUUCGGGAAAAUGAAUUUGAUCCUAAAGGAAGAGGCCAACUCACCUUUCUAGAUGAUAUGGUAAAGCAAGUCAUGGCCCACUAUGACUUGGCCAUCAGUGUUGCCAGUCAGUGGCUAGAUCAUCGCUCAGAAAACUUAACUUGGCUCCAGUGGGAGAAAGUGAGAGCACCUCUUCACGUCAGACCUGUGUAUCCAAACCGAAAAGAGCGAGAAGCGAUGAUCUUAUCAUCUUACGCUGGAGUCUUAAUGAACAGUAUCCCAAUUGAAGAAGUCCUUAAAAUUUACGGGGCCAAUUCUUCUGCCAGUUCUGAUUCUACCAAGGUCUCCCAGGCCCUGCUGCCCCGCCGCUCCUUGCACCCUUUUGCCUUGUUAACCGCACCCAGAGCAGCUGAGUGUAACCGGAGACAGAGUGUCAAGCUGAGGAGAGGAGCAAUGAAUAAUAAAGCCACCAGCGGCUCUACAAAGAAAGCCACGGCGCAGAAUGGAGAUCCUGCCGGGAAAGGUGCUCGCUCACCCACCCCAGCAACAAACAUCUCUCCAACUCCUGCCCUUUCUUCUCCGUGGUCUUUCACUCUUCAACUGUUAUGUGCAAGAGUUUAA